UCUCCCAUACACACAGACCUACUGCGAGACAGACACACACUCACACACACUCACACACACAACUGCACGCAGCGAGGCUCGGGAAGUCAGGUCGCCUCCUCGCCUCGGCCCCUCCUCCGCUCCGGCCAGCCGGGUCUUCUCCAGGGACCGGAGCUCGGCGGGGCCGCGCAGCCCCAAAAGAGGACGAGCUCGGCGGACCCCGGUUCCUCCAUGGGCAAACGCGGGCGGCCGCGCAAGGAAGCGCGCUGUGAGGGCGCGGGGCUGGCCCCCGCCGCGCCCCCGGCGGUGGCCGCGCCCCAGCCCCCGGCCCAGCCCGAGGAGCCCGCGGGGGCCAAGCUCAGGUGCCCCUUCUCGGACAUUUUCAACACCAGCGAGAACUCGAUGGAGAAGCACAUCAACACUUUUCUGCAGAACGUGCAGAUUCUGCUCGAGGCCGCCAGCUACCUGGAGCAGAUCGAGAAAGAAAACAAAAAGUGUGAACAUGGCUAUGCCUCAACGUUCCCCUCCAUGCCGAGCCCGCGGCUGCAGCAUUCAAAGCCCCCGAGGAGAUUGACCCGGGCACAGAAACACAGCAACGGGAGCAGCAACACCAGCACUGCCAACAGGUCUACACACAAUGAGCUGGAAAAGAACCGACGAGCUCAUCUGCGCCUGUGUUUAGAACGCUUAAAAGUUCUGAUUCCACUAGGACCAGACUGUACCAGGCACACAACACUUGGUUUGCUCAACAAAGCCAAAGCACACAUCAAGAAACUUGAAGAAGCUGAAAGGAAGAGCCAGCACCAGCUAGAGAACUUGGAACGAGAACAGAGAUUUUUAAAGCGGCGACUGGAACAGCUGCAGGGUCCUCAGGAGCUGGAACGAAUACGAAUGGACAGCAUUGGAUCAACUAUUUCUUCAGAUCGUUCUGAUUCAGAGCGAGAGGAGAUUGAAGUGGAUGUUGAAAGCACAGAGUUCUCCCAUGGAGAAGUGGACAAUAUCAGUACCACCAGCAUCAGUGACAUUGAUGACCACAGCAGCCUGCAGAGUAUUGGGAGUGACGAGGGUUACUCCAGUGCCAGUGUCAAACUUUCAUUCACUUCCUAGAACCCAGCAUGACAUAACAGUGCAGGGCAAAAUAUUCACUGGGCCAAUUCAAUCCAAACAAUCUCUUAAAUUGGGUUCAUGAUGCAGUCUCCUCUUUAAAACUAAACAAAACUAUACUUGAACAAAAGGGUCAAAAGACCUCUAUUUAAGCAAAUACUUAGCAAAAAGUGGGGCAGAGCCUCCCCAGCAGAACAAAUACUCAUUCGUAUUUGAAAAUCACAGCUUCUAAUGGCAGCAGAAAACUUCUGUGAAAUUUUCUUGAUUUAGUUUAUUUGAAAGAGGACAUUGGAGAUUCUGUCCUCUAUCUUCUCUAGUUUGCUCAUACUACAAUGAGUAGACACAUUUAAGGAUGGGGUUAUGAACCCUUCCCGAGUUUUAAUGGUCCUAAAAAACAAAAUCAAACCUAUAGUAAUGAGAAGACAAGAUAAUCAGGCAUUAAUCUUGGAUAGCUAAAGAGCUAUUAAAACUCAGCCUGGGACAGCUUAUCAUGAAGCCUGUGGAUGAUCAAUUCUUGAAAAAACAAACAAAAAAACAAAAAAAAAAAAAAAAGCAAGCUCAUUUCAUGCUCUGCAAAAGGAGAGACUCCCAUGAAGCCUUUUGAAAGGGAUCAUCAUGCAGCUCAGCUUUCUGUUGGAUUCCAUGCUAAGCAAGCUAACCUUAUCCUGCAUUGUUAGCAGUAGGGCACCCAACCGCCAGCUCAACAGUCAGCGCCCUUAGGCCCUUGGGCAGCGUGGGGGCAGUCUGUAUGACAGCCUCUACCACACAGGGCCUAUAAUUCGGAUUGAGGGGCCAGAAGGAAAAAGCUCUCCAUGCCUCUGUGUCUGCGUAGGCCAGAAGAGUUGUGCAACGCAGAUUAGCAGGUCAAGGUCUGAGUCACGGCAGCAUUUUUAUUUCAGAUUUUGAUAACUGUUUGUAUGUGUUGAAAACCAAAAUGACAUCUUUUUAAAGCUUGUCCAUAAAAAACAUAGAUGUCUUUUAUAGUGGAAAAACACAUGGGAAAAAAAUCAUCUAUUUUGAUGCAGCAUUUGAUAAUGAUAAAACACCUCACACCUCACUCUUUAUAGUGCACAAAACGAAUGAGGUCUGGGCUAGGUAGAAAAAGGUCAAUGCUGUUUUUGUUUUCUUUUAGAAUCAUUACCUUUACCAGCUUUUAACCAUCUGAUAUCUAUAGUAGACACAUUAUAAUACUUAACAUAGUUAAGUUUGGCACUUGUCUCAUUUUAUUGUAAAGGUUUGCUUCCAUUUUCUUACAGGCAGUCUCUCUCCUUCCUCACAGUCCCACUGUGCAGGUGCUAUUGUUGCUCUUCUCAAUAUUUUCAGAAAUGUUUUCUUUUAAGUGAAAUUUCUUUUCUAACCUGCACUUUGAUGUCAUGUGUUCCCUUUGUCUUUCAAAAUCCAAGGUUCCCCCUGGCCCUCUCCUUUACCCCAGGAAGCCUUCUUGGACACCUUAUCCCUGGCUCUUUGGACUUUGUAUACUUUAAAUAAUUUAACUACCCUUAAUUACUUAAAAAAAAAAAAAAGCUUUAUGAUUUUCAUAACUUAUUGCUGAUUUUAAUGGGUUGUUAAUUUCAGUCCUGUAGUUUUAUUUUGUUUAGAUAGGGCUGGGCAAGGAAAAAGAAAAUAAAGACAACCAUAUUUAGCAGUGCAGUUGAGUUGUGUGUGUAAUGUUAGACUAUCCUUUGUAAGUAGCACUUUAACAGCUUUCACUGCUUCUCUGUAUGAAGUGUACCAUCUUGGCCAUACACAAGGCCUCAGCAUAUACUUACUUGUUUUUUGUGCUUUUCCUGUGCCUCCCAAAAUAUUUUAUCCUUGAUUGUGCUAUGUUUGAGUGGAAGAAAUUCUUUGAAGUAGAUGUGUGAAAAACUGCAUGCCUUUAGAAGCCCAUUAUUAGAACUUGCUAAUAACUUCAGGUGCUGGGGACUUAAUGAAAAACAUGGCAAAUUCAUUUCUCUAGCCCAGGUAAAUUACUUCUGGUUUUACUUAUAAUUACUCCUGGCUGGGUCAAAAUGUUGCUCUAUAUAUUUGCUUUCUUUUGACUUUCCCAAGGGAGACAGUUUAAAGACUCUGCUAACUACCAUGGAAAGAAAAUGGAAGCCAGUGAUUCAGCUUCCAUUUUGUUACUCCCAUGGCAUUCACUUACAUCACUUGCCUAGGGCUGGAAUUUCGGUCUUCAUUCAGGAGAACUUGAGGUGCUGCCAUUUUGUUGUAUAUGUACAAGUUGGUGGGCUGGGAAGCCUUUGUCACGAAUCUAUAAUACCUAUUUCAACUGCCCCCUAAAUUACUCCUUCCCCGGGUUUGUUUUCCUUGUGGGAAGGGAAUGGAUUGUAUGAUGAGUGAAAAGUAUUAAUUUUUUAAAAGACAAAUCGACUUUGAAGAUAUAAAAGUUAAUUGCAAGAAAUAAAAAUUGUGAAUGAAGAA